AUGAAAAAUGAAAGGAUGUCAAUUACUGACUUCACCCCCGUCAAGUCAGGGCAUUUCCACCAGAAUAAAAACAGCUUGAUGGAAUCAAUGAAUAGCAACAGCAAGAUAUUUACCCAGUCUGUGAAUUCUAAAAACAGGGUAAAACCCCCGAUAUACUAAAAGACUCAAGUUUCACCCAUUUUAGAGACUCAGACAGACUCGUUUACUCGAGAAUUCUAGACAACCAAUAGCUUCAAAAACAAAGCUCAAGAUUUCUCAGAUCCCUAUCAUAAGAUGUAAACAAGCACCGACACUUCUGGUGCAACUAAGUCUACCUACAACACAGUAAAUACCUAAUAGCAAGAAGAAUCUACUCAUCACCAUUUAUUUUAGAGGUUGAACUAUAUGAAUAUUGAAGAUGAUGAAAAGUAGGAUCAGUCUUUGCAGAGCAGCAUCAAUACCACCACAAUGAAUGUGAUGUUUUUGGGAGCAGAAGAUCAGUCUCUCAGUAUUGUAGAUGAGAUAAGCUCUGUGAAUUUUGAUGAUUCGUUUAUUGAUAACAAAAUCAAGGGCAUUUUAUGCGAACAAAAGGAACUCAAAAAUGAGCUCAGCAAGUUGACUCAAAUCAUUCAUGUUGGAAAUAAAAAGAAAAAGACUCUGAAACAAGAGAGGGGCAAAGGUCUAAGUCCUAUCCUUAACAAGCAAUAAAUACAGAUGCUCCAUAAAAUAAGUAGUCAAAAUAUCAAAACUGAUUCCAGCUAUAUAAUAGACUAAUUGAUAGCUUCAUUAAAAAUAAAAUGCUUAGAACACGGGAUUGAAUUGACUGAUUUUGAUGCAUAUUAAAAUAAAAUUUAACAGAACAGUAAUUAGGAAUUCCGACUCUAGCAGCUGAUUGAUUUGAUAUUUCAACACUAUGAUUAGCUUAAUUAGGAGAAUUAGCAAAAGGAGAGGGAAACAGAGAAGGAGAUAUAUCUGAUUAAUUAACUUGAUAAAAGCAAUAAAAUCCUUAAGGAAGGUAAGAUACGCAAUUAAUAAGUUGUUUUAGAAAAUUAGUAUUUGCAUCAAAGAAUAGAUUAAUUGAAAUGUGACUAUCAGAAUUUAUAGGAAUAAAUCGAAUAGAGCAGGUUGGAAAGAAGUUAGUUCGAUGAAAAAUAUUUUUAACUCUAGUAAAAAUAUAAUAACUUGAAAAGCCAGAGAAACAGUUUUGACUAAGGAUAUCAACAGAAUAUCUAGUCAAAUUAUAAUGAUCGAGCUCUGUCAGCUUAUAAAUUGAAAGCUAGCGAUUGCAGAAAGAUUCUUAAUGAAGUAAUUUAUCAUUUAUUAAUAUCCUAGGUAUGCUUACUAGUAGAUUAAGCCAAUGACGCCACACAAUUGCCUCAGAAAAUCUAAGAUUUGGUUUUGGAUUACGAAAGACUGCGAAAAAAUGUAGGAAAUGACUAGCAAAGACUAAAUUUGAUAAACUAAGUAGAUGAAAUGGACAGAUUCAAAAGACAGUUGCUUCUAAUAAUGGAUCUAAAUGAACCAAAAGAUUGUUAAAACUAAGUGCCAUUGACACUCUUACUCAAGAAAAUAAGGGAAAACAAGAUAGUCUCUGAUAGCUUACAGAACAUGACCAAGCACAUUAAUUUGCUCAAGGAGCACUAUGGACUAGCAAGAUCAGCGCCUGAUCAGGAACUAAUCUUGAAAAUUUAGGACUAAACUCAGAGUAACAAGGAUCACACAGCUCUCAGAAGUCUAGAAGGCUAGAAAACUUAAUAGACUAUCAGUAAUUUUAAAAGCUUCAAUACAUCUGUGCCCAGUGAGUGCUCAUCAAACAGAGUGUCUUUGAAACCAAACUAUUACAAAGUUUAAAAAAUAAAAAGGGAGAUGACUUAUAACACAGUUACCCAAUAAUCUAGUAGAGAUUUAAAGUUAAUAUGA